AUGGCCGACGGCUCGGACAAGGUGCCCAUCGCCCUGGCAGGGCCCGACCCCCUGGAGCGCUGCCAUCCGCCCGCCUACCCAUCGGCGGCGGUGGCGGUGGGCGGGCGGCCCCCGUCCAGGCCGGGCCCGGGCCGCCGGCUGCUGCGGGCCGGCGCCGUGGUCCUCAUCUCCGGGGCGCUGCUCCUCCUCUUCGGGGCCAUCGGAGCCUUCUACUUCUGGAAGGGCAACGACAAGCACAUUUAUAAUGUUCACUAUACCAUGAGUAUAAAUGGAAAAAUACAAGAGGGAUCAAUGGAAAUCGAUGCUGGGAAUAAUCUAGAAACCUUUAAAAUAGGAAGUGGUCCUGAAGAAGCCAUUGAAGUUCAUGAUUUCCAGAAUGGCCUCACGGGGAUCCGCUUUGCCGGAGGAGAAAAAUGCUAUAUCAAAGCCCAGGUGAAAGCUCGUAUCCCUGAUGUGGACAUGGUGGCCAAGGAGAGCAUCUCCUCUGAUCUGGAAGGUAAAAUCAUGCCGGCUAAAUUUGAAGAAAAUUCUCUUAUCUGGGUGGCUGCCGACCAGCCCGUGAAGGAUAACAGCUUUCUGAGUUCUAAAAUCUUAGAACUCUGUGAAGAUCUUCCAGUUUUCUGGCUUAAACCAACACAUCCGAAAGAAAACCAGAGGGAGAGAAGAGGAGCCAAAAGGAAAACCCGUCAAGCCACAAGGAGAAGAGUCAGCAGCGGGCCCCGGGGCAGCCCAAGUCCUCGGACACUGGCCAAUGACACCCGGCCUGAGGUACAGGAGGACACUGAGCCCUUCAACCCGGAGAAUCCUUACCAUCAGCUAGAAGGCGAAGGCAUGACCUUUGACCCCAGGCUGGACCACGAAGGCAUCUGCUGCAUCGAAUGCCAGCGGAGCUACACCCAGUGUCAGAGGAUCUGUGAGCCACUCGGAGGCUAUUUUCCCUGGCCCUACAACUACCAAGGCUGCCGCUCGGCCUGCAGGGUCAUCAUGCCCUGCAACUGGUGGGUCGCGCGCAUCCUGGGCAUGGUGUGAGGUGACGCUUUCGCCACCCAGGAGUGACUGGCAGCGGCAAGAAUGAACUGAUGAAAGUCUAGAGCCCCAGGGAACAUUCGGUUCCGCCACCUCUGCGUUGUCCAAGCUAGGUCACGGUCACCGUAGAUGUUUUUAAAUCGAUAAUUCAGCUGCUUUACAGUCUGAGUGCCACCCCCUGUUGAAAGGAACGUGGAAAACCACAGUUUAUUGGCUUUAGAUAUCCCUAAUUUCUUUUAUUAUUAUUUUUUCUUUUGCUUGUAAAUUUGGUCUGCCAAUAUUAAGCUUGCUUGUAAAUUGUCUCACCGGACGGAGGUGAAAACGAGUGUCCGGCUAAGCCGGGAGCUCAACCUCACAGCUGAAAGGACCCUCCAGCUACAUCCCUGAUCGAAA